AUGCAGCUUCUCGCCAGGAUGAAGCGGAAGAACUCUUCGGAGAAGACAGACCAUGCCCAUCAAGCCAUCAAGAAGCCCUCCACCUCCACUCCCUCAUCUUCGACUGUAGACGUACACGUCAAACCUGCCACGAAUCGGUCUCGAUCUGCUUUCCGGAUCUUUGUCCGAUCGACCUCCCCCUCCUCUGCUUCUUCCCCUCCCAACAGGUCUCCAGAGUCUUCAUCCCCCUCCUCCCCUGGCCAAAUCCCAGACGCUCUACCCCCUGCAUACUCGGCAAACGCUGCGUCAACACCUGCGCCCACAUCGGCGGCACCAGCAACUGCGACUACUGCUACACCGGCACGGCCUAGGCUACCGGUCAGGGUGCCUUCGCUGCUGUACUGCCCGGUGCUGGACAAAGAUGGGAAGGGUUAUGGGAAUGAGGAGAACAGGCGGACGACGGAGCUAUAG